AUGGAGCUUACUAACACUUUGUCAAACCUAGACAACCUAAUACCUUUGGGAACUAUUGUUUUGAGAAAUGCCCCACGUCUCAAUUUUGAUUGUUUAGCUCCAGACGGUUGGCGAUGGCUAACAUUUCCUCACGACUAUAACCGCCGGUACACUAUGUUGUGCAAUGAUGCUCCUCAAAAUUUUUCCAGCAUAUUAAUGGACAUUCGUUACUUGGUUGAGAGAUUUCACAUUAGAGUCACCUAUAAAUAUUUUCCUUUGCCUCAUUCUGAAUCCAUAAUUAUUGCCAGGAUCUAUGUUAUACCGGCAGAUUGUGAAGGGAGAAGUUCCAUCAUGGAUUUCAGAUACAGAUAUCGAAGAGGCAAGGCUUUGCAAUGGCAUGAAAACAAGUACCGGAAAAUCAUGUCAGAUCUCUUUCAAGUCCUUGACUUCUCAGGAAAAUCAUGGGAUAUUGAUACCCUUGAAGAUGUGUUUAUUAAUAAUCUCUUGAUCUUCCCUUGCUUGAAACCAUGGGAACCUUUUUCAUCAAAGUUCUUGGGUUCCGGUCCAUACUUUGGCGCAAACAACAGUUUAUAUCAUAAUAUCCAUCGUCUAAUCAAACAUGAAUCAAUUAGAUUUGCUAUAGAAAAAGUUGAUGUGAUAAAUGGUGUCCUCGGCAAAACCAUUGAAGACGUUCUUCUAGACAUCUAUGAUAAUAUUGAUUUCCUGGACUCUAAUCAUGAACAGAUGCAGAAGUUAAUUCAUCAAGAUAGCGAGCUCAAAGAGAUAAUAUCUGCUGUCCAAAAUAAUGAUACUCCGGGUAUUAAAAGCAACCUAUACAACUAUCAAAAGCAAUCGGUCAGUGAAAUGAUUAUCAAGGAGCUAGCGCCUUCUAAGCAUCUCAUGCCGAAUCUUGUGAAAUUCCUUAUCCUUAAAAAUGAGAAUAUUGGCUUUGACUCUUCAAGAAAUGUAUAUUUGGACCUCCUGGACUUCUGCUUCAAAAAUGUGCCUGAAUAUUUUGAUUCUGUUCGCGGGGGGAUACUUGCAGAGAAUAUGGGACUUGGCAAAACUUGUAUUUGUCUCGCGCUUGUAUGUUCAACCAAAACUCAGGUUUCCAGGAUUCCUCAAAGAUUUUACCCAAUGUCAAAAAAUAGGAGAUUUAAGAAAUUAUCAGAAAUAGCGGCUAAUUCUGUUAACAAAAACUCAAUUGCCUGGAAACAAUACGUGGAAUAUUUACCAUCCUCGUGUAUUGAGCUUUUACUGAAACAUCCCGCCACAUUUACAAUACCGGAGAGCUUGUUUACAAAUCGCCGUCAAUCUACCAGACUUGCCCCUCAAUAUUCCGAGGAUAGAACCCUCUUCCUCUCCCUGGCAACAUUGAUUGUUGUCCCAAAUAACUUGUAUUAUCAAUGGAUAUCUGAAAUAAAAAAGCAUUGUUUUGAUGACUAUCUCUCUGUUCUCUAUGUUCCUUAUCAUACUCGCUCUGUCAAUGCUGACUAUAUAUUUCCUAGUGCUCAAGAGCUAAUUAAGUAUGAUGUGGUUUUGAUGGGGGUAUCAAGUUUUGUCAAAUCUUUUGAUAGUGAUUCGCCGUUGAAAAACGUGUAUUGGAAGCGGUUUAUUGUGGAUGAAGGACACACUAUGAGCUCAAAGAUCACAAGACUUGUUCAGAUGGCAUCGGAAUUACACGUUGAAAGGCGUUGGCUUGUUAGUGGUACUCCUACUUCAGGCUUGACAAAGCUACACGUUUCCGAACAGGUACACUCGAAGAAGUCAGAAGAUAGCAGAGGCUCAAAUGAUACUGAAAAAGGUACACAUCAAGAAUAUGCCAUUAAGCGAAAAUUUUCUGCAAAAGACGAUUUAAAUAAACUUGGAUUGGUUAUUUCCAAUUUCUUCAAAAUCGAACCUUGGGCACAUGAUGCAUCUCUUUUCACCCGUACUCUCAUUAAGCCGUUCCUCACUCUUUCAUAUGGCUCAGUUGAGUCUCUUUCAAAUCUUUUGACUAACUUACUCAUUCGUCAUUCUAUCAAAACUGUGGAGAAGGAUAUUGUUCUUCCCUCUCUUUAUCAUCAGGCGGUAUUUGUCGAACCGGCAGUUCAUAAUAAGAUUUCAAUUAAUUUGUUUAUUGCUGUACUUGCUGCAAACGCCGUGACAUCUGAACGAACUGAUCAAGAUUAUAUGUUUCAUCCUGUCAAUCGAUCAUCGCUUAAAAGACUUAUUACUAAUCUUCAACGCAGUACUUUUCACUGGGUCGGGUUCUCCCAAAGUGAUAUCACUACCCUUGUAAAGAUUUGCCAAACCGCCCUAGAUAAAAAACGUGAAGGGGCUUCUUCUCAAUAUCAUCAUACAGUGCGUGAUAGAGUAUUACUCAGAAAAUGUAUUGAUGCUGCACAUGUUGCUCUUGAUAACAAGAUUUGGAAACUUAAUGCAUCGCUCCAUGAAAUGUCUUUUUUUGUUGAAGGAUUGCCAAGUAUCUACGCGAAAAACUAUUGUGUUGAUUAUCUUGAUAACGAUCCCACAGUAUCUGUCUAUCCAUAUAUGCAGCUCAACUCUAUUCAAAAAUUCUUCUUCAAGAAUAGAUUUGUUAAAGAUCACGGGAAACUUAAGGAACGUAUUUCUGAGUACUCAAAAACUUUUUGGAAAGGGUAUUGGAAAACUCAAGACAAGAAGAUUCGAAAACUUGUAAAGAAACAUGAUUCUGAUGGAUCAGAAAUAACAGAUCUUGAGGCCCUUACCUCGGCCCCUGACCCCAAGGUUAAGACCACCGUUAAACCUCAUCACACUCUGACAAAAAAAAGAAAAAGGGCGGAUAUUCUCAAUGAUUCUGUUCUUAUGUCAUCUGUUCUCGAUGAGACCAAACCUCGUCUUCUGACACCAGUCGGUGACCCUGAGGACCUUUCAUUAACGAGAAAUGCUAAUCUUCUCGGUACUGCUUCUGCUAAAUUAUCAUACUUAGCGUCACGAUUGUUAGACCACCAUGUCACUGGCGCAAAAAGUAUCAUCUUCUAUCAAUUUGAAGAUUCCGCAUAUUACCUUGUGGAGCUUCUUGAUCUUCUUGGCCUCAAUUACAUUUUGUAUUCGACGUCGAUUCCAGUGCUUCAUCGCAAUUCGAAACUUUUGGAGUUUGACGAGCAUCGUGGGGCUGGUAUAACUCUUAUUAUGGAUCUAAAGCUUGCAGCACAUGGCUUGACUAUUUUGGGUGCCACUAGAAUGUACUUUAUCAACCCUGUGUGGAAAAAAGCCAUUGAAGCGCAGGCAAUCAAGCGUUGUCAUCGGAUUGGUCAAACAAAGGACGUUUACGUCGAAACUCUUAUUCUUAAAGGGACGCUAGAGGAAGAGAUGUACAAACGUCGACUUCAUAGUGAUGAUUCGUUUAAUGAUAAUAGUGAUAUCAAUAAGCUGGGAAAGAAGAGAAAGAAAAAUAAUGAUUCUACGCCAAGUGAAGUAGAAACAGAUAUUUCUGAAGACGUGUAUGACGAUAAUGGUAUGAGACAAUAUUUCGAAGCCCAUGAAUUUCUUGCCGUCGAUGGCUCGGAGUGUGAGUAUGCCAAAUUCAGUUCCCCUGCCAUUUUAUCUGAUCCACCACGGCCUAUUCUUGUGGAUACUUCAGAUUUUUCGAAUACACAACAUAUUAAGGAUGAUAAUGCUGAAGCUACUCUUGAAGGAUUGAAGAAUUAUGAGUUGUUGAAGCCAAUUGGGAUGAAAGAUGGUGCAAUGAGGAACUGGAAAGUUCCGCUAUUUACACAAACAGCUUUAGAGAAGAUAAAUGCAUCGCAUCUAAAGAUCAACACUUUCAUCAACGAGGAGGAAGUUAUGAAAAGAAGCUUUGGAGUAGAAAAUGAGCAGAUCAAAACAGGUAAUAUGACAGAAUUGAGAAAAGCCGUUCGCAAGCCUAAAAAAGUAUUGAGGUUUGAAUAG